GCAGCUCAGGAAAAUGGGCGAACUCCUGAUCGCAGCCUCGGGGAAAAUCUCCGCCCCGGCAGCCGUGACGCCGGUGCAGCGGCGCAGCGCCUGCGUGUGGACCACGCCCACCGUGCAGCAGGAGCGCAGCACCAACACGUCCGCCGUCAUGGAGGAGAGGAAGGAGAUCGACGUCUCAGACGCCUGCACUUCAACAGACUCUCUGCUCUGGAGCAUGAAUCGCAGUAAUCUGGAGUGUUUGUCCCGCUCUGAGCUGGAGCAGAAGAUGAUCUCCACCCUCAUCAUGGUGGAGGUUCUGUCUCAGCAGCUCACGUCGGCCCAGAACCUCAGAGGCAGAACCGAGCCGAGCCCGUCCAGCCUGAGAGACCGGCUGGUCCAGACGGAGCGCACCGAGCUCAGCCAGACGGGGCCGUACAGAGAGCUGUAUGUGAGCGCACUGGACAGAAUCCAAGCUCUGGAGAUCGAUCAGGAAACUCUUCACAGCUUACACCAAGCCAUGCAGCUCAUGAGCAACAGCUUGAUGAGUGUUAAAUCAGAAACACAGGAGGCUCUCAGCAGCAUGAAGGAGCUCGAAGGCAUCGUUACUGAGGAUCAGGAAAUCCAGUCCCAGCAGGUGGGGCAGAUGAAAGCUAUCUUUGCUCGCUGUAUGGACACGCUGAGGAAGAUGGAGCAGAAGAACAGAGUGUGUUUGAAGGACAGAGACGAUAUGAAGCAGCAGGUGGAAGAAGCUCUGGAGGAGAAAUCCACGGUGUUGCGGGUGCUGGAGCAGUUGCGUCUCCAUCACACCACCCAAGUGUCUGAUCUCCAGCGUAACCUUGGAUCCCACGAAGAACUGACAGAUGCACUCACACACACUUACCCACAGCUGGUGGAGCUGAACAGGAUGCACAUGGAAUCUGUGACUGAAGCCAACAUACUGCUGAGAGAGACACUGGAGGAGCACACACACCUCUCAGCAGAGCUACAUAAAGCUCAGCAGCUCCUCCAGAGGACGUAUCCGUUACUGCACACACUCCAGCACAGAGCAUCAGCCGCUAUACAGCAGAGUAACAAACACCAGGAGGAGAGAGACAGAGCUGUAGAGGACAGAGAACAGAUGGAGCAGCAGCUGUAUGACACACACUCCAGCCUGCAGGAAGCCCGUCAGGAGAUCACAGAUCUCAACACACAGAUAACCAUCAUGAGCUCAGAGAUGGCGGUUCUGCGUGAGCAGCUCAGUGAGGUAGAGGACGAGCGCUCUCAGUUACAGAGGAAGACCACCGAGCUCUCCGCUACAGUUUCCUCUACUCUCGCCUCUUACGCUUUCCUGGAGCAAACACUCGCCUCUGAGACCAGCAAAUUGCAGCGCUCUCUGCACGACACUCAGGAGGCCACCGAGAGAGCAGACAGUGUCCAGGCAGCUCUGUGUGUGUGUGAGAGGAGGGUGGAGGAGUUGGAGCAGAUGAUGGUGCAGAGAGAGAAUCUUAUUUCUGAACUCAACACUGAAAUGGAGAAUCAGCGACUGCAGCUGCGCAGACUCACGCAGGUUCAAAGUGAACUGUGUAAUGCCAAGGAGAUGAGCGAGUUCCUACAGGCGGAGAAUGAGCUGACCCGAGAGCAGUUGGCUGAGAGUGAGGGAUUGCUGCGUUCACACCUUCAGGGCCUGAGAGAGAGAAACCUGGAGUGUGAGGACCUCCGAGUGGAGCUACAGCAGCUACGUGUGGAGAAACAGUGUGUGCAGCAGGAGCUGAUCAGUACGCGUGAAAAAGCUCGGCUCAUGCUGUUGGAUCAGGGAGAGCAGCUCGCUCAGGCCACGCUGGACACCUCCCUACUGCUGCAGCGUGUGUGUGCUCUCAUCAACAACACACACACCAGCACCGACCAACACAACCACAAGAGCAGUGAUGGUACGGUCCAGCCUGAUCCUUCACCUCUCCCGCAAAGCUCCUUCCUUAACUCGGUCAUUAACGCUCUGACUGAGGAGCAGUUGUGUGUUACAGCGCCACCUACUGACCCAGAAAGUUGUGUAGAGGAAGAGGACCCGAUUGAGACCAUGGGCAGCAGGAGCAGUGCUUUCACUCGCAUCACACCAGCUGAACUCCAAAACACUAACGAUGAUGAGCGCAGCACCACUCUGUUGGAGUUGUUAUCGUCUCUGGGUGAGAGUGUGUCUGAGCUCCACUCGGCCAUCGAGCAGCUGAAACGACACAAAGCCUCUGAGAUACACACUCUGCACAAGAGCAUACGUGACCUGCAGCAGGAGAUGGAGGCGCAGAGUAACCGACACGCAGCAGAGGGGGCGGAGCUUAGACAGCAAGUGGGCCGGCUUAAAGCUCAGGUGGAGAAAGAUGCACAGGUGCUGCAGCAGAAGACACAGGAUGAGAAAGCUCUGAGGAAGUUGUGCAGUGAGCUGGAGGAGAAGAUGGAAGCAGCACAGAAACACCGAGCAGAGAACAGCGAGCUGCGUAGGGAAGCGGCGGAUCUGCGCCGGGCGCUGCAGCAGUCUCAGGUGGAGGUGCAGGCUCUGAGGGCGGAGCUAAAGUCCACAGGCCAAUCAGCAGCCAGCAUGAAGGACCUGGACGACAGGAUCCGCCUCCUGAGAGAGGUGGAGAAGCUGAAGGCCAGUCUUAUGGAGGUUGAAGAAUCCAGAUCCAAACUGCUGGAACGAGCAAAGAGACACCAAAUGGUGCACGCGAUGAAUCAGAGUAAACUGGAGCGUGAGCUUCACCUGCUGGACGACAUGAUCGAGACUGUGAGGAAGGCUCUCUCGUCUGUACCUGACGUAGUAAACUCUUGUCCUGAGCUGCAGAAGUUGGUGGAGUAUCUCGGCUGAGUGAAAUCUGUCUUUUAUCAACUAAAUGACUCUGUUUCAUGUUUUAAUCCGCGUUUCUAAUAAAUGUUUAAUUAUAUUAGAAUUAAAACUAAAAGGGUUUUUUUGUGUAUAAACAGACAUUUUCUAAAUAAAAAAGGUUUUGGUGUAAA